AUGGCGAGGAUCUACACCGCGGCAGUCUCUCCGAACACCAACGCGACCGACAGAAGCCCGCCCAAGAGGCGGCAGAAGAAGCGCGCGCGCAGGCAGGAUGAAGAUGGGGACAGAGAUGAGGACGAUGAGGGCAGCUUGAUUGCAGCGCUCCGCGACAUUGUUGACCUUGCCGACAACCCGCGCGCUACGCUCAAAGCAUAUCGGACACUAUGGCAGGACAACAUCAAGGCUGGAGGUCGCUCGAGCGCGAUCGAAGACGUGCCUGGGCAUGACACCAUCACCGCGCCUCUCAGGAAGGCGUUCUCAUACAUCUACGACAAUCCGGACAAGGCGAUCACUGCGAAACAGAACCGUACACAGAUCCGAGCUCUGCUGAAGGAAACAUGUCCCUAG